GUUACCCCUCUUUGGGGUUAUUUGUUUUCGUUGCCUGCACUUCGGAAUGCACAAACACUUGUCUAGCACGAAACAACACACAGAAAACAAUUAUAGAUCCUUAAAACCAAACACAGCUGAUAAAGAUGUUCAAGCUGCACGCAUAAAACACGUCCGAACGAACUGAUCUCCUGCUCCCAACUGACUUUACUCAGGCAAUUUUACCGAUCUACAUUCAAAUGCAAAGCAAAUCGUGAGGGAGAGAGCGAGAGCGGAAAGAGCAGAUCACAACAAAAGGCAAACAAAAACAUUCAAUGCAUUCCCUCCGACGAUGCACAUGCGCCAUCGCUGUGCCCGCCCUACAACCUAGCCCGCCAUGUCUAAUCAAAGACCAUCAAGAGCAUGCUUCCGGGCGCAAUCGCUAGAUAAGGCGGGAAUUGUGACUACAACCUGACCAUACCUCGUUACCAUGGAACACCUAUAAAUGCAAACAAAUUUUUCCUUCAACUCCUGGUUUAAGUGGUGAAUUUUUCGUUUCUGAAAAUAUUUGCAUAAGAUUCCAUACUAAAUUAGGCAAAAUGCCAAAACUCGACCAUUCCUAAGAAAUGUCAGGUCACGGAAGAUCUGUUUUCAUAAAUUCCUGUGUCAAGAAACCUCUGAACCCGAGAAACAAACUUCCCAAUCCUUCGUAUCUAGUUCCGCAGUGCUCAUUGGACCGUGGCCUCGACGAUCCACAGUUGCAGAGCAACAUGAACACAAUCACCCGCAAAAAAGCGACCAAUAAGUGUCCGCUGGCUCGGGCUGGUUGUCAUCCACGGCGGAACAAAGGGCUGUCCAUCACUAAUCAGCUACGCAAGGAAACUGACAACUUCCAAUCGCUUGUAAAGUUCUAUGACAGCAUCCCGGACUACGACGAACUACACCAUCUACCCAAUGACGAGUUUUACUACAAGCUCAACACUCUACGCAAAAAACAACGAGAACUUCGAACCAACUGUUUCAACAGAACCGAGAAACUCCAAAUCAUUUCUCCGUCCCUUAAAACUCAAAGCGAUGAUAAUGAUUCACUCACAUCGUGGAGUAAAUCUCCUCCAUCGGUUAGUGUAGCAGAAAAUACACUCCUCAAGCCCCCAGCAACCAAAUCGGUUAGGAUCGAAACCACUGCUAAAGACGAAGACGAACACGAAGAACGACAAUCUCGUAGAAAAUUCCGAGCUGGAACCCCCUUUGUAUCAGACCCCGAAGACAGUAUCAGAAAAGCUUCAACCUGCACGACUCCCGCUAACUCUGAAUUCGUCGAACGCUACGACCGCUACGUCAAAAGAAAUUUACGCUGCAAGUCGGCAUCACCAAUCAGGGAUUACUCCAAAAUUACCAUACCACACCCGUACAAAAUGACUCAACGUGAAGAAGAUGAAAGAGCCCUGCAGGAACUGCUCAUAGCCAGCAAAAACGCCUUCUCUUCCAAAGAAACCAUCAACAAAUUACCCCCGGCACAAAUUAAAGCCAAUCCAGUCCCCAUAACGUCCCGCAUUCCGCUUUUUGACACCAUUAUGGCAGACCAGGAAUACCGUAGUCGGUUGGUGAAGCUUAACUCCGAGAUCGAGCUCCAAUCGCAAAUCAAACCCUUCCACUUUAGCGAACGUUUAAGCCGGCCAUCCAACAAUCGCUGUCUAAGUCGCAGUCUGUCUUCGCCAGCCCUGCUAACCACCGGCCUCGAAACACCGACAACAAACUUCAAAGCAAAACCGUGCCCCAAAAAUCUGUUCAGUAACUACUUCUACUUCAAAAUGUGGGAAGACGAGUACUUUCGAGACAUGAAUAAGCGGUUGCGGGCAGAGGAAAUGCUGAAGCAGGCUUCGCUGCCACCAGCCAUGGCCCGGCGAGAGCGCCUGAUCCAACGAUCCAAGCUGUCCUCGGCAGACGAGGAACUUGGGCUAGACCCGGUGGUCGGUACCCAGCUGACCAAGAAAACCAAACGAAAGCGCAAAUCUAAACGCAGCGCCAAACGCAAGAAGAGCGCGGAGCAGAAGUGCGUCGAAUACUUCGCCAGCAUGCAGCAACAACAACAACACCAGCAGAGUCGAAGCAUGAAGGAGAAGCUGCACUAUCCAUCGAGCAACUCUAGCUGUGCGAGCACAAGCGCCGAUCGAAACCCUACUCCGAUAUAUCCGGUGAAUAGGCCUAACUUGGCGGCCACCCUGCGCACCGAGUGGUGCCGCAAAAAGCUGCGCGAUCUGGAGCUGGAAGACAACGUAGCGAGCAUCAAGCGCGUUCCCAAAUUUCAAUGGGGUGUCAAAAAGUCGCAGGCCUUCCAGAAUUUGAACCUUGAUCACACCCACCAGGAGGAACUGAACCUGCGAUUGGCAACGAGGCGUGCCGAACAGAAAUUGCGACACGAGGAGCACGCCAUCAACAUGGAACUCAUGCGGCAGCGUGUUAAAGCGGCUCCGCUGCUCUUAGAGGGUCCACCCCAAUGGGGUCCCCGGUUGGGUCAUGUGACCCAUCGGUGUUUGACGACGACCAAGGAUUUGGAGUCACCGUUUCCAAAACCGGAACGAACCUCCAUCGCAAAGGGUGAACGUUCGAGCAGGAAAGAACAUCCGACAGGAUCCGGUGGUAAAAAACGGGAAGCUUCGAACAAUUGUCCGGGUCGAUCCAAUCACCAUCAUCAGCAUCGUCAAUUCAGAUCCAACGGAAGUGUGAAAAAUAGAAGUUGCAGCAAGUUGAGCGAUUACUCGAUGGAUUCGUUCGACAAGAUUAGUUCUAAAUUUUGCGGCGGUGAAAGCGACUUUCUGGGAAAGCUGGACGACGAUGAGCUGGGAAGUUUCGGAGAUGAAGUUUGAACAACAAUGAAGAGGUCAUUUGUCCUUCGUUCGAAGAAACCGAUCAAACGCACAAUCAAAUCGACUUGUUGCAUUUGGUUAGCACGGAGUUUUGUUCACGUGUCUUAUGUGAAGCAACUUGGAACUCCUGAAACCAGAAUCACCAAUAGUUUUCUAAUUUGUUAAAAAAAAAUUGUGUACCGUAACGAAAAUAUGCAUAAGUGCCCCCUUAAUUCUGAUUCAAAUAAUGUUUCGGCUCAUACAUACUUAGCCAACAGAAGGCAGAUUUCGAAGUUUUUGCUCGCCGCCUUUCAACGGACGAACAUCAUAACACAAAAAAUCAAUGUACCUAUUAUAGUUUAUUGUAC